AUGUCUGCAAAAGCGAAACAAAGCAACAAGUCAGCGGAUAAAAAUGCAAACGAUAGGAAUGACGUUGCGUCCAAAGAAAAUGAUGCUGAAAAAGCCAACCCUCAAUGGAAACUUAUUUCCCAUGAACAAAUCAACAUGCUGUUGGAUUUGACAGUGGAACAAGUGCAAUUCCAGUUUGAAGAAAUACUUGGUUUGAAGAACUACCAGACGUGUCUGAAGGAGGCUUCCCUGUUGGACUACUUUGUCUCUGGCUUCUGGUGGACCAGGGAGAUGAACUACACCUGUCAACAGAUCUCAUUCAUCAUGGCUCUACUGCAAUUGUUACUGGACAACAUCAGUGAGAAGCAGAUGCCGUUUGUUGAUAACCUGAAUGAGUUUGCCAAGAUGAUAUCAGGAACGCGCCGGUCUCCUUCUCCAGAGGUUGACUCACUGUUUGAUGCUGAGCAGGCCAUGUCCAUCACGGACUACCUGAAGUGCAGUCUCUUUCAGAACUACCAACUCUAUGAGUUUCUCUUCAGCCAACCUAGAGAGGAGCUGCUCCUUGGGAAGAAGAGGACCAUAGAGGUGAUCAGCUCAGCAGACUUUGUAGCCCCGUUGGAAGAAGGAAUGAAUACUGAUGACUACCUCCAUUACAUGACUCCUGUUGAACAGCAGGAAGAGGGACAGAGGACCAGCCAGGAGGAGGAUGGAGAGGUACCAGGUGAAACAGCUCUGGAGCAGGAGAAGGAGAACAAGGCUACAGGGUUGGAAGGAUACAAGGUUCAGGAUGUCAAAGACGUGCUGGGAGACCUGACCAAAGAGAUGCUGGGAACCCUACAGGCUGAAUUCACAGAGCAGCUGAGAGUCCAGGAGGAGAGUUUCAGUACCAGACUAGAACCACUGAAUCAUUCUGCCUGCAAAUAGCUACAAUACACCUCAUAGUAUAACAUAUCCACUAUGAACACAAUCUAUAAUAUAUCCACAAUACACCACACAGUCUAUAACAUAUCCACUAUGAACACAAUACACCACACAGUCUAUAAUAU